AUGCAGAAAUCUUUUCUGGAUGAAGUGGAUCUUCUAGUUGUAAAAGAUAAUAAAAUAGAGCUUUUGGAUGACGGGAUUCUGAUUACGGUUUUUCAUAUUGGGUCAGAUGAACAUCAGGACAUUGAUGUUGCAAUACUUACAGCAUUGUUAAAAGGCACAAAUGCAUCUGCAUUUGACCAGCUUGUUCUUACACUUGCGUGGGAUAGAGUUGACAUAGCCAAAAAUCAUGUUUUUGUUUAUGGGCAACAAUGGCUGGUUGGCUCUCUGGAGCAGGCUAUGUUAGAUGCCCUUGUGAUGGAUAGAGUUGCAUUUGUGAAACUUCUGAUUGAAAAUGGAGUAAGCAUGCACAAAUUUCUUACAAUUCCCAGGCUGGAAGAACUUUAUAACACAGGUGGAGGUGAUGGGGUGUCAAUAGGGAUGGCUGCCUGGUGUGAGGGUAGAGUUGGGAAGUGUGUGCUGUCUGGCUGCUGUGUAGUGCCACAGGUGCUUCCUGGCUCUCCAGAAAUGGUACCAGAAAUAGUUUGUCAGCAGGAUGCUCAUCUGUAUCUGAUGCUGGGGAGAGAUAAAAGAGGAAAUCUUGUUCGGGAUGUCAAACAGGGAAAUCUCCCUCCAGGAUAUAAAAUCAACUUGAUUGAUGUGGGGCUGGUUAUUGAAUACCUGAUGGGAGGAACCUACAGAUGCACCUAUACAAGAAAACGCUUUAGAGCUGUAUACAAUAGUCUCAGUGGAAGCAACAGGGUAUGUGGCAGUUGGAUAACAAGGCAUUCUUUUGGUAACAGAGCAGAUAAGAAAGAAAAAAUGCGCCAUAAUCACUUCAUCAAAACAGCGCAGCCGUACAAACCAAAGGUACAGAUCAUCUUACUUCAUGGAAAAAAGAAAAGAACCAAAGAUGAAAUAGUAGACAUAGAUGAUCCUGAAACAAGACGUUUUGCUUAUCCUCUCAAUGAGCUGUUACUUUGGGCGGUGUUAAUGAAGAGGCAGAAGAUGGCCCUCUUCUUCUGGCAGCACGGGGAGGAGUCCAUGGCAAAAGCUUUAGUUGCUUGCAAAGUGUAUCGUUCAAUGGCAUAUGAAGCAAAACAAAGUGACCUUGUUGAUGAUACAUCUGAAGAACUGAAACAGUAUUCCAACGAGUUUGGUCAACUGGCAGUUGAACUGUUAGAACAGUCCUUCCGACAAGAUGAAACUAUGGCAAUGAAACUACUAACCUAUGAGCUUAAAAAUUGGAGCAAUUCAACUUGUCUGAAGCUAGCAGUGUCAUCAAGGCUUCGUCCAUUUGUAGCACAUACUUGUACACAGAUGUUGUUAUCAGAUAUGUGGAUGGGAAGGCUGAACAUGAGGAAGAAUUCAUGGUACAAAGUGAUACUGAGUAUUUUACUCCCUCCUGCUAUACUGCUGUUGGAAUAUAAGACCAAGGCUGAAAUGUCACAUAUUCCUCAAUCUCAAGAUGCACAUCAAAUGGCAAUGGAUGACAGUGAAAACAACUUCCAGAAUGCAGCAGAUGAAAUACCUAUGGAGGUGUUUAAAGAAGUAAGGAUCUUGGACAGUACUUUUGAAAAACAUGAUAUGGAGACUCCAGCAAAACCUAAAAGACUUCCAAUAACACAGAAAUUUUAUGCGUUUUAUCAUGCACCGAUUGUGAAGUUUUGGUUUAAUACGUUGGCAUACUUAGGAUUCCUCAUGCUCUACACAUUUGUGGUUCUUGUAAAAAUGGAGGAAUUGCCAUCCGUCCAGGAGUGGAUUGUUAUUGCUUACAUUUUCACAUCAGCAGUUGAGAAAAUUCGUGAGAUUUUUAUGUCAGAGGCUGGGAAGAUUAAUCAGAAGAUUAAAGUGUGGUUCAGCGAUUACUUCAAUAUCAGUGACACAGUUGCCAUUGUCACUUUCUUCAUUGGGUUUGCGUUAAGAUUUGGAGCAAAGGGGAAUUUUGGAGAAAACACUUACAGAGAAAAUUAUGUCUUUGUUGCUGGAAGAAUAACAUACUGUCUCAAUAUAAUUUUUUGGUAUGUGCGAUUACUGGAUUUUCUAGCUGUAAAUCAACAGGCUGGCCCUUACGUUAUGAUGAUUGGGAAAAUGGUGGCCAACAUGUUUUACAUAGUGGUGAUUAUGGCACUGGUACUGCUUAGUUUUGGUGUUCCCAGGAAGGCCAUAUUGUAUCCUGACGAGGCACCCUCUUGGACUCUUGCUAGAGACAUUGUGUUUCAUCCAUACUGGAUGAUUUUUGGUGAAGUGUAUGCCUAUGAAAUUGAUGUAUGUGCAAAUAAUUCUGAUGAAAAAGUUGCUCAUCUCUGUGGCCCAGGAACAUGGUUGACCCCGUUUCUUCAAGCUGUCUACCUCUUUGUACAAUACAUAAUUAUGGUUAACCUCCUUAUCGCAUUUUUCAACAACGUGUAUUUACAAGUCAAGGCAAUUUCAAACAUUGUGUGGAAGUAUCAACGCUAUCAUUUCAUUAUGGCUUACCAUGAAAAACCUGUUCUGCCUCCACCACUUAUUAUUCUGAGCCACAUGGCUUCCCUGUUCUGUUGUAUAUGUAAAAGAAGAAAGACAGACAAGACUUCAGAUGGGCCAAAACUCUUCCUGACAGAAGAAGAUCAAAAGAAACUUCAUGAUUUUGAAGAGCUCUGUGUUGAGAUGUAUUUUAAUGAAAAAGAUGACAAAUUUCAUUCUGGAAGUGAGGAGAGGAUUCGAGUCACAUUUGAACGGGUGGAACAAAUGUGCAUUCAGAUAAAGGAAGUUGGUGAUCGUGUCAACUACAUAAAGCGGUCGUUGCAGUCUUUAGAUUCACAGAUUGGCCACCUACAGGAUCUCUCUGCUCUAACUGUGGAUACUCUGAAAACACUGACUGCACAGAAAGCUUCAGAAGCUAGCAAGGUUCAUAAUGAAAUCACACGGGAAUUGAGCAUUUCAAAACACUUGGCACAAAACCUCAUUGAGGAUGGCUCCCUAAGAUCUUCUGUGUGGAAAAAGCACAGCAUCGGAAACGUCUUUGGUUCUUUUUCACAAGGAGGCCUUGAAAGUAAUAAUCCUUUACUUUGUAACAUUUCUAUACGAGAUGAAAAAGAAGCUCAGCGUAAGACCAUUGGUCAGGAGUUAGCUCCAGUUCCCCGAAGAGAAGAAACAAACUUUCAAGAGGCAGGUUCCUCAGGCAGUGCCUUAUUUUCAAGUGCUGUUCCCCCUCCAGAACUCCGCCAACGAGUACAGGCUGCAGAGAUCUCAAAAUCCGUUAGUAAAAGUAAAAAAUUAGGCAAUUCAUCCAACAGCAUGCCACAUGUAACAUCCCCAACAGCUAAAUUUUUUGUUAGCACUCCAUCUCGGCCCAGUUGCAAAAGUCAGCUGGAUUCUUCAGCAAAGCAUGAAGAGACUGUUUUCUCUAAGGCUACAGAAGGAGAUAAUAAUGUAGAAUUUGGUGCAUUUGUGGGUAAGUAUAAAAAAGUAGAUUCUGAAUGUCCUGAAGUCAUUAUUAGCUGCUCUUAUCCUCUUGCUUCUGGCUCUGCUUGCCUUGCUUUCACCCAACCUUGUGUUGAAAAUGGAGGAUACAUUAAUUGUGGUUUUAUUCAUGAUGAGAGUGACACUAAUGAUAACUACAGCUGCAGAGUUGACAAAUGUGAUCACCAGUCCUCUGUCAACUUACGGAAGAACAACCCCCAAACGAAGUUCUGUUUGUCAACUGGCGACUUGACAUCAACAGUCAACUGUGGUGGCUCACAUGGAAAAUUGAAUAUUAAAGAUGAACUUUCCAAAAGGCAGCAUGUCCCUGCAAUGGAACUACAAACCCAAGAUUUAUGUUCUAACAGCCUUAUGGGACUACUUCAUAAACUGUGGACCAAAUCUAAGCCACAAGGUCACAGAGACAGCAUGGAGUUACAGCGGUUUAAAGAGGCAACAAGCAAAAUUAAAGAAAGAAGUGCUGAUAUUGAGGAACAACAGGAAGACUUCAAAAAAGCUAUAUUGGAGGGUAUAGAGACAACCAGACUUCAAGGUCUUCAAACUGACAGUGGUCUAAGACAAUCCAGCUCUUGUGGUGGGUUUGCUGACCCUCUGGCAGGCCAUUCAGAACAAUUAUAUAGCAAGAGUAGAAGAGCAUCAAGUGAAGAUCCUCAGCAAGUAGACUCCAAAGCAGCAUUACUGACGGUUUGUAUCCUCCUUUCUUCUUGUUAA